CACACACUCCUCCGUCAUCCGUACCGUCGUACUCCUACUACAUAAGCAGUCUCUCAUGGACGGCCGGACUGUGUUGUGUGAGAGAGGUUUUCGCCACCUAUUUAACAUGGUUAUAUAAACAGAUAAAUCAUAGACUUAAGUUCAAUCUCAAUUGUUCCUUAAAGGAGAGACUCAAGCACAAUCUGCAAAAAAAUGAGGGUUGUUGCACUAAUCAGUGGUGGCAAAGAUUCCUGCUUUAAUAUGAUGCAGUGCAUAGCAGCUGGCCAUGAGAUUGUGGCUUUAGCUAAUCUGUAUCCAGUUGAGAAAGAUGAUCUGGAUUCAUUUAUGUUCCAAACAGUAGGACAUCAAGGCAUCAAGUACAUAGCUCAGGCUAUGGGCUUACCUAUAUAUCGUUUUCCAACAUUUGGUAAGGCUGGUAUGCGAGAGAAAUGUUAUUAUCCUAUGGAAAAUGAUGAAGUUGAGGAUCUCUUUAAACUUUUGAGUACAGUGAAGGAAAGUGAAAAUAUAGAGGCUGUGUCAAGUGGUGCUAUUUUCAGUGAUUAUCAACGAAUUCGUGUGGAAAAUGUAUGCAGUCGUUUAGGUCUUGUUUCGUUAUCAUAUUUGUGGAGACGGGACCAGGAGGAGCUAUUAAAUGAAAUGAUACAGAGUUCUGUUAAUGCAAUUUUGAUCAAAGUCGCAGCGUUGGGUCUCGAAACCAAGCAUUUGGGUAAAUCUAUAUCCGAGAUGCAACCUCAUCUCGUUAAGAUAAAAGAGAAAUAUGGCGUGAACAUAUGUGGAGAAGGAGGAGAAUACGAAACUUUUACUUUAGAUUGCCCGUUGUUUGCCAAAAGUAUUGUAAUCGAUGAUUUCGAGAGUGUUAUAAAUUCAAGAGACGAUGUAGCGCCAGUGGGAUAUCUUAGAUUUACGAAGAUCCAUUUACAAGAGAAGGAUAACGGAGAAUUGGAGAAAUUAAGUUUGUCCGAAAGAUUAAAGACCGUUUUGGUGAAGUCACCGCAAGAUUACAUCGCGGAAAUCAUCGGCCCGGAGCUACACGACGGUUGCAAUCUAUCGGAAGAUGAAAACGAUGAGCAUGCGUGCGAAAACAGUAAUUUAAAGGUUUCGAACUCGGGUCAAUUUCAUCCUCCGAGUCCAAUGGAAAUUCUCUAUGAAGAGGAAGAUUAUCCGGAUGUGCCGACUGUUAAUAGAAAUCAAACGGGAUGGUUCUGGUUUGGCGGUAUCGUAGGAAAACAUCCGGACGUCACGCCCGCCGUAGAAGAGGCUCUAGAGAAACUAAGCACUCUGAUUCAAAACGAAAAUCUGGUCACAUCCGACAUCGUUGCGGUGACGUUGUACAUAAAGGAUAUGUCGAAUUACAAGGCCAUAAAUGAAGCGUAUGUUUCUUGGUUGGGCAAGAAGAGUCCGCCGGUACGUGUGUGCGUACAGUGUCCUUUAAAUGUACAUAUCGCGCUUGACGCGACAGCGUAUAAAGAAAAUCAGGAGUGUGGCGACAAGUGGAUCUGCAAACGACACAUGAUACACGUUCAAAGUAUAAGCCAUUGGGCUCCUGCCAAUAUUGGUCCUUACUCACAGGCUGUUCGUGUAGGUGAUGUUAUAUCAGUAGCUGGACAAAUACCCUUGGUGCCUGGCAAUAUGAAUCUUCUCGACAUGAAUAUUAAACGACAGUGUCGUUUGACUUUGCGACACAUAGAUCGCAUCGUUAAAGCUGUGGACGCGAAACUUCGAGAUAUAGUACAAGGUAUUUGCUUCCUAACACAUUCUAACUAUAUAGCGGAUGCGAGGAAGGAAUGGGAAAGGAGGACGAGGAAUGCCAUUGUAGAUUAUGUCGUUGUACCGAACUUGCCUCGUAAUGCUCAAGUGGAAUGGUGUGUUUGGGCUCAUAAGGACAACGAUCGAUUUGAAUACGAAGAAACGGGAAAAUGCGUGGCUAAUUUUAGGAUAGCUAUCAGACGUAGGUGGAAUUACGAAAAUAAUGUUUCGGCAAUUGUGUGUUACAUGUCUACCAGCUCGUCCAAUUCAACCGGUAAUUUGACAACGGAGACGAGCCUGCCGUCCACGGAGUUGAGCGCGAACGAACUAUCGGAGGCUUUCGAGUAUCUGUUGUGCAAACUCAGGAAAGGUUCACAGAGCACGUAUCCCACAUGCAAUCUGCGGAUAUUUUACAAAGUCGGCAGUUUUCCGGGCCCGAAUUUCCUCCACAACGUUCUCGCAAAAUUCUCCGCGCAAAAUCUAGUAAUCACUAUUAUACCGGCUACUCAUUUACACAAUUUCAGUACUUUGUUGUCUAUAUGUGGUAUUAGGCAUGAGUAAAUAUUCAUAUUGAUUUUUUUUUUUUUACACUGUCAAUUACUCGUCGGGAUUGGAGCGUGCAUUUAGGAUCAAAACAAGUUGCCGUUGUAUCGAAAAAAAAAAAAGAAAAAAAAACAAAGUGGCACGUAAGUAAAAAAGCGAUUUUGAAACAAAAAAAUACAUUUAAAGUUUCCGCUUUAUUCUAGUACAAUAAUUCGCGCGUGAGAAACAAUUGUAACUCCAUUGAUUCAAUGGUAUCAGAGGAAUCAGGAAAACUGUAAAUGUAUGUGUCUUUCAUUUCAAAACCGCAAUUUUGCUUGUGCGCGUUCUUUUUACAAAAAUUAUCGCUUCAAUCUUUCGACAAUUACAAAUCGAACAUGGCUUGGAAGAACAAAAAUAGAAUGACGUUACGACACCAAAGUAUGCACCCGUUACGUUUUUCUUACGUGCGAAAAUAAUUAUUGACGCUAAUUUUGCUUCGCCAAUCAGUGAGUAUAUAUUCGAAUACUUUCUGUGUUUCCAAAGUGGAAGAAAAAAACCCUCCCGUUUAUUGAAGAUGUAGUUGCAUCAUGCUGUUUCGUUUAGCUGCAUUUUCGUGUAUCUUCUCGCGAGAUUGUUUCUCUUCUUUCACAUCCCGAAGAUAAACUUGUUUCUUUUGAAAAGCGUAAAAAAACAAAAAUUUAAAAAAUGCAGCUGAAAGUGAACAGACUCUCUAUUACCUUGUAUAUUGAGGAUUACUAGUCAAUGACGGGUCAAGUGCAAUUCUGAACUGCGAACCCGUUUUGUUUAGCGCGUAAGUGCUCUUUAAAAUCGCGAUUGCACGUAUUAGAUAUGAUAAUACUCGUAAUAUACGUACACACACUUGUGCCGUUGUUACGCUUACGAUAUAUUUCAUUUAUUUUGCUCAAAGUGCACGAUACUUUAUGGUGUUGUAAUCAUAUGCGGAAUGUUAAUUAACUAACGUGUGUGACGUUUCUCUAAGCAAAUUAAAUCGUGCACAGCCAUUUUACAAUAACACUUGAAUACAUACGACUUAAAAAUUCUAAAAGAGAAAAGAAAAAAAAACGUAUCGCGUACGUAUUCUUCUACGACGAUGUUCUUUGUUUACAAUGCUGCCGAUAUGGAUUAGGUAACUGUGUUAUCAUUGAUUAUUUCUGUCGUAUAUGAACGCGACAUUGCGCUUUGUAGAGAUAUAAGAGGAAUCGGAAUCCGAAUAUCUACGAACUCAAGACAAGAUGCAGCGCAGCAGCUUUGCAUUCUUUGCCGCGCACGUCACUGUUGCUUUAGAAUGUAUCUUGUAUAUGUACAGAUUGUAUUACAAAAACAAGUUACAAUAAGAUUGCUCUGACGUAAUAUUAUUAUUACAACGUUGAUGCAACGACAUGCCAAAGUUUAUAUUUUGCAACUUGUUCAUUUUUAAACAGUCGCAAUUACACUAUCGUUACUAUCUGUAUGUGUACAUACUGCACACAGCGUAAUCUAACAUAUAAUCUUAUAUAUAAAUGUACUGUAAGUAACUUGAGACAGAGCCAAGAAACAGACGCGAAGAAAGAGAGGAAAAAGCGCACUGUUAAAAUGUGGAUAAGUAAUGCGUUUGAUAAGCAUGUAAAAAUACAAAAAAGAAGUGUUUAUUUGCAAUCUAACUCUCGCAACAAAGCACUAAUCUGAUUAUGUCGCAAGAGAAGAAUAAAGAGAAUGAUAUAUAUUUUUAAGAAGUCGCAAUUGUUUUUAGUUUCGUGUAUUUUAUUAUUUUUUCAAAUAUAGUCUAAUA